UAAAAUAUCUGAUACCAGUGAAGCUUUUAAUAGGCAUCCUACCUAAGUUUUCACUCUUGGAGAAGUAUUACCUGCUUGAGGUAUAGGCUCUUUUGUAAUUCUUCUUUCUUUUUAUCACAUUUUUGAAUAUAGAACUAUCUAUAUAGAGUCGUGUUUGCUUUCAAGUGUAUAUCAUAUGAUAUAAUUGCCUUUUGCUGUUCAAACAAAAGAAAAUUGCCUUUCACACAAAAAAAGAAAGAGGAAAAGAAAAUCAUAUGAGCACACUAGAAGCAUGAUAACAUUGAAUGUCUACUUUUGAUAGUGUUUUUCAUUAGUGAGCAACAGAUCUGAAGUCUAGCUCUACUUUUAGAUGUAUCGAAACUCUUACUCUGUAUAUUUAUUGAUAAAAGCUUUAACUUCAGAUACAUUUGAGGGGCAAGAUUUCUUUCACACUAGUGCAAUGUUGAUAUCCUUUAUUCUCUUAGGAAAAUAUUUGGAGGUAAUGUCAUGUCAGAGAUAGAAACUAGCACUCAACUAAUAUAGAUGAAUGACAUUUUGAACAUGGUUCCAGAGGCAAAGGUUCCUGUUGAUGGUAUUGUUAUUAAUGGUCAGAGUCAUGUGAAUGAGGGUAUGAUCACAGGAGAAGCAAAGCCAAUAGCUAAGAGACCUAGUGACGCGGUUCAGAUGGUUUAUUUUCUCUUAGUAGUAAAAUUGAUACUUUUGACAUUUUUAAAAUGUUUAAUUUAAUGGCAAAAUAUAUAUUUUUUGAUAA